CAAGUUCCGGUAUUACUUCUGUGACUGUUGAAGGAAGGAAAGGUUGUUUACAGCUCAGAGGUAAGAAUGAAAGAGACUAAAAAACAACUAGAAAAGAAGGGCUACAAACAAACCAAAAUGAAACAGAAGUCCAAACCUAUCUUCUGGACAAUCUAACAAAAAGGGAGAGGUAAAGGCAAACGAGGAAAAGAUUUAACCCUCUUUAAAAUAGAGAGUCAUGGGCUUCACUAGAGGAAGAUCAUCACUGGGUCCCUUUAUAGAGGAUUGACGUAAGCUGUAAUCAACCGGGCUGAUUACAAGGAAGCACAGAGCAUGGCCCUCCUCUGCUGGUAGGAAGAUUGCAGCGCAGGCCCAUUGAACAACAAUUUCCUAUGUAUUCUUUAUAUGAGUUUUAGCUGAUAUUAUGGUAGGAAUUCGGAGUAAUUCUGGAUGGCAAACUUUGGAAUAUGUUCAUUUAGUUCUGCAUAGACCAUUUUGGAGCUUUAAAACAAGUAAAUCAAAUUGUUAUCAAAUCACUCAGAUUUUUAGGGAAAAAUUCAGUUUUGUAUAGACUGGAUUCUGGAGUCUCAUACAACAAGCAACUGUGUUAUAGGACACUUAGAUCAGAGAGUGUUACUAGUGUUACAAUUUCACUUUUUAAAUACAGCAUAAGCAUUUAAACUUUGAGUCUGUGUGUGUGUGUGUGUGUGUAUGUUUGAGUGUGUGUGUGAAUGACUUACGUUCAACUGUUUUUUCCACUUUUAUACAAAAUGAAAGGGUUGCAGCACUCUACACUAGAGUAAGGAGUGAGGACUCAUGAUUUUAGAAACAUUUAGUACGUAAGAUUAGUUCAGAUGGACUAAAUUAUGUCAGUAUUUUUGAUUAGUGACCGGUAACUUCUGACAUGUGAAUCUUUACACUUUAAUGAUGGUAAGAAAGUGUUCUUCCAGGAUGAAGUUUUUGUUUGUGAAACUACUGAUUUUCUUCAGCUUCAUGGACUCUCAAUCAGAUUGUUUUAAGCUGGUUGGCGCAGGUGCUCAUCUUGUUGCUGUAGCUGGUGAAGACCUGAUACUGCCCUGCUCUAUUCAGCCCAACACCAGUGCCGUGGAUAUGCGAGUAGAGUGGUUCAGAUUGGAUGUGGUGGACUCAUUGGUCCAUCUCUAUAAGGAUCAAUCAGACAGAAAUGAAGGGCAGAUUCUAAACUACAGAGGAAGAACAGAACUGUUCAGAGAGGAGCUGCAGAAAGGCAACACUUCACUCAGACUCUCGGCCGUCCGGGUCUCUGAUGAAGGAGCUUACAAGUGUCUCGUUGAGGCUAAUUCCUGGUAUGAUGAUAUCACGGUUAAUGUCACUGUAAAGGUUUUGGGAACUGAGCCCGUGAUCACAAUGGAGGGCUAUGAUAACUCAGGUGGGCUCAGUCUAGUAUGUGAGUCUAGAGGCUGGAACCCUGAACCUGAGGUUUUGUGGCUGAACAGAGAAGGAGUCAGUCUGACUGCUGAAGAUACAGAGACACACAGAGACACUGAGGGAUUCACAGUGAGAAGCCGCAUCACUGUUUAUAACUCAGACAGGAUCCACUGCAGACUUCUACAGAAACACCACCUGAGGGAGGCUGAGAUCAUAAUCUCUGAUAAAGUCUUUCAUACAUGGAGAGCUGCUGUCUUCAGUAUUUCAAUUUUAACAGUGGCCACCACUGUUGGAGUAGUUGUAUCCACCAUCUGUGUUUAUCAAACAAAAGUAAUUCAGAGAAGAAUGAAAAUGCGAGAAAUUGCAAACCAGGAGCUACAAAAAGAUUUGGAAAAGGAAAAAGCAUAUGCAGAGAUUCAGAGGGAGAGAGUAGAGGAUGAAUUUAAAAAGAAAAAGAAGUAUGCAGUGGACGUGACUCUGGAUCCUGAAACAGCAAGUCCAAAACUCCUCCUGUCUGAAGACGGAAAACAAGUGACACAUAAAGACCUAAAACAGAAUCUUCCUGACGAUCCAGGGAGAUUUGAUUACUCUCCCUGUGUUCUGGGAAAGGAGGGAUUCUCCUCAGGGAGAUUUUACUAUGAGGUGCAGGUCAGCGGGAAGACUAAGUGGGAUUUAGGAGUGGCCAGAGAGUCCAUUAACAGAAAAGGUACCAUUGCACUGAGUCCAGAGAAUGGAUUCUGGGCUGUGGUUCUGAGAAAAGAACAUGAGUACAGUGCUUGUGUUGGUUCUUCCAUUCGUUUCUCCUUAAAAGAGAAGCCCCAAAAGUUGGGGGUGUUUGUGGAUUAUGAGGAGGGUCUGGUCUCCUUUUAUGAUGUGGAGGCCAUGUCUCAUAUCUACUCUUUCACUGGUCAGUCUUUCACUGAGAAACUCUAUCCAUACUUCAGCCCCAGUCUUAAUGAUGGAGGUAAAAACUCAGCUCCACUGAUUAUUUCACCUGUCACUCGUGAUGAUUAAAUAUCUGCUACCAAAUGUUUAUAAAUAAACUAUUCUUCAGCCCAGGUCUUAAUGAAGGAGGUAAAAACUCAGCUCCACUGAUCAUCACUGAUUCAUUUUAAUCUACAGUAAUAAAAUAGUUGAGGAUAUUUAUUACUGCCAUUUUGUAAGAUCUGACUUGCAAAUCAUUUUGAAAGACACCAAUUAUACAAACUAAUAAUAUUUACAACAGCCUUAAUCAAACUGAAAAAUGGGAAGCAGCCUUUGUCUCUGUAACAUAGGUGGUAUCUCUUUAUUAUUGAUUAUGCCUAAAUUAUUGUAUUGUUU